GCCCGAACCGAACGAACGUAAAAUCAGUCGUUUGCUGGCCGCCGUGUUGAGCACACGUCGGCUCCCGCGCGAAAACAGCUGAGAGAGAUCAUAAGACUGAAAAAGCCUAUAAACAUGGUUUUGUGAUUGUGUUAAAGUAUUUUGUGUUACGAACUUGUGUUUCUUGACAAAAUGUGGGGAGAGAGCAGCAAGAACUGUGAAAACAACUGCCAGUGCUCGGGGUUGAUCACCGAGAGCUUCAGGAUCAACUCGGGCAACAGCGGCACCAAAAGGAAGCAAGAAGAAGCGUCCUCCCACAACUACAAAAUUAAAAUGAACCCACACUCCUUGAACUUCAACCAGACACCCUCACCGAUAGCCACACCGUCCAAGCGCAGAAUCCUCGGGGAAAUACAGAACGUUAACGUCUCACCGUUACUUAGAAAACUCUCACCGUCUAUUGAAAGGUUGAAGAAUUCACCGUCAAUAGACAGAAAUUCACUGUCUCCGUUGACGAGCAGGAGUUUUAAAAGGAGCACGAGUAAGAUUACAAAGAUAUUCGAGGAACGGUCAAAAUUCAAGAUGUCUAAUAAGGAGAAUGAGUUGUCGUUCAGUGAGACGUUCGUCAAACUUGAUGUGGAGGAGGAGACCAGAGAUUGUUCGUUCGGUGAGACCUUCCAGUCGACUAAAACGAGCAACUGGUCCACAACAAAGUUGGAUUUCACCGACACCCUCCCCACCAAACCCUACCACUUAGAAAAGAAAGAGGACAUCUACGUCCCUGAAAAAGACACAGAAAUGGACCCGGACUUCGAAACGCUACACGACCUCGAAGAAGAAUUUGAAAACGACAAUUUUGACGAAUGUACUAAGUACGAAAUCAUUUCUACGGACAGCCCAAAUAUCAUAUCUAGGGGUCGAACGUCUGCAUACAGAAAAGUCGACACUAGAAACUUUGUAUUUGGUGCUCCGAUCGCAGAAAGCGAGCAGUCCACCUCUUUUAACCGACCAAACGCAAACGCAACUAGAAUGUUGAAUUUCGAAGACGAAAACUUCGAGUUUACCUCACCAGCUGCCAAAAGACCAGCGACCAGUAAUUUGUCAGUGAAAAAGUCUCUAAAAUUCACCGAAACACCAACUAAAAAUCCUCUAAGACACGAAAGGAGCGAUUCCAGCAUCGGAUCCAUGAGUUCGUUCUCGUCUCCUGCGUCCAGCAAACUUAGGUUAUUCACGUCUGAAUCCACCACAUCUAUGGAAAGUGGAUUCAUAUCUGAACUAGAAGAACCGUUCUUAGACAUCGAAGAGGCAUCGAACUCACCAAAAAUGGCCAACUUCAACGACUUACUCUCUGGGCAGAUAAAGGACAGUAUUAUACCUGGAGGAUUUUUGAAACGGCCAGCGUUGCACAGGAGUUUGAGUUUUAACCCGGAGAGCAGUAAAGUAAAAGUGUCUCUGUUAUCCAUUUUGGAGAAUCCUCAAGAGAAGAAGUCUCAGAAAAGGACAGAAAGGUCUGAGGAUGAGGAUGUGGUGAAUAAGAGGAGGAAAUCUAACGUUUUGACUCCGGAUGUUGAGAGGGUUCAGAGGCCAGUACUUCAGCGAGCAUUCUCGGAGAAUAAUGCUUCUAUCAUGUCUGCUUUGGCAAGAUCGGCAAUCGAACCGGACCUAAUAGGCGAUUUCAGCCGUCCCUUCGCGCUACCACUGGCCGAGGGAGAACACGCGGACCUCAGAAGCAUAGCACCAGAGACCCUUGCCCAACUGUUAAGAGGAGAAUUUGAUCACGUGGUGUCUGAUUAUCAGGUCAUAGACUGCCGCUACCCGUACGAGUUCGAAGGCGGUCACAUUGCCGGAGCUCGCAACUUAUACACGCACGCGCAAGUUCAAGACUUGGCUCAGAGCGCUCCUCGGGCUCCCAGCAGUGUGUUAGUCUUUCACUGCGAGUUCUCCAGAGAAAGAGGGCCUAAUCUAUCGCGCUACUUACGUUCCUUCGACCGCGCAAAGAACAAGGAAAACUACCCUCAUCUCAACUACCCCGAGGUCUACCUUCUCCACGAAGGCUACCGCGCCUUCUACCAGAAGUAUCCGGAACUGUGCUCGCCGGCCGGAUACACCGCCAUGUUGGAUCCACGCCACAAGCAUCUACUGAGGAAACACAGAUCUAUGAGUAACACCACGUCAUCCACUAACAAUAGGAGGCAACGGCUUUUGCUGUAAGUCGGGGAUUUGAGGACCAGUCUGCGAAAGACCAAGUAGACCAUAGUCUUCGGAUGGUUUUUAAGUUGGAGAAGCUUCUGGGUUGUCCAGUCUGCUUAAAUAUACCUUGGUCUACUAAGAAGACCGAGUAGACCGUAGUCUUCCGCUGGUUUUGUAAGUCGGAGAAGCUUCUGGAAGUCCAGUGUGCUUAAAUAUACCUUAGUCUACUGAGAAGACCGAGUAGACCAUAGUCUUCGGUUGGUUUUAAAG